CACACACACUCUCUCUCCCGAAAGAAAAGUCUUCGCUUCCUCAACCCCUACCCCAAGACAAAAACCCACCACUCUCUCUUGAAAACCUUGCCGGAACUUCAUUUCAAAAGAGAAGAACCAGAAGGGAAAAGUAAAAGGAAAAUUCUGUUUUUUUUUUUUUUUCCUUGGCGUCCUAACAGAAGGUGGCGAAUCAAAUGUGAUGGGAAGUGGACACUCAUCCCUCUUCCCUUGCUUCAAACCGGGGACUAACCGGACCAAACACGAACAAGCCGACCUGAUCUUCACCGCCUCUGAGCCGUUGGAUGAAACCCUAGGUCACUCUUUUUGCUACGUUCGAUCUUCUAACCGCUUCGUCUCUCCUACGCCCUCCGAUCGUUUUGUCUCUCCUUCUCAGUCCCUGCGUUUCUCUCCUUCCCGGUCAGGAACUGUUUCCGAGACUCGACCUGGAUUGCCGGAGACAGGGUUUAAGUCCAUUUCUGGCGCUUCUGUUAGUGCCAACGCUUCUACGCCCAGAACUGUCCUCCAACUUGAGAAUAUUUACGAUGAUGCCAUUGACAGUGGUGGCCUUGCUGCUGGUGUUACUGGUGGUGGAGUGAGGGGUAGUAUUGUGAACGUGGAGGGGUUUGAAAGCACGGCGUCGUUCAGUGCGUUGCGGUUGCAACCGGUGCCACGUGGUGGAGAGGGGUUCUUCAUGUCGGGUCCCAUUGAUGGGGGUGCACUAUCCGGUCCGCUCGACGCGAACUCAGGAACUGACAAUAGCGGGCGGGUACAUUUCUCCGCGCCGCUCGGCGGCAUUUAUAUGAAAAACAAGCGAAGGAAUGGCAUUUCAGGAAUUAAGAAGGCAAUAUAUCGGAACUUAUCGGAGAAAAAAAGGCCGUGGGUGGUGCCGGUGCUUAAUUUCGUGAACCGGAAAGAGACUUCGGGAACCGGAGAGGAGAGGGAAAACCAAGAUGAGAGUAAUGUGCAGUGGGCAUUAGGGAAGGCGGGAGAGGAUCGGGUCCAUGUGGUUGUAUCGGAGGAGCAGGGUUGGCUGUUUGUUGGGAUUUAUGAUGGGUUUAACGGUCCUGAUGCGCCCGAAUUCUUGAUGGGGAAUCUCUACAGGGCUGUGUUUAAUGAACUUCAGGGGCUGUUUUGGGACCUUGAAGAGCCUGACGAGGCAAGUAAUGUAGCAUCAACAACUGUAAUGGAAAGUGAUAUUACGACUGACUCAGCCGUAGAAAGAAACUAUCAAGAUUAUGGUGAGAGUACAUUAGGUGACAGAGAAUCGAAUUUAGUUUAUCGGGAUCAAGAAAAGGUAGCUAAAGAUGAUCCAUCGAAGGAAACGGGUGAUCAAAAGGAUGCCGGUGGUACGAUUGGUGGAAUUGAAUCAAGCUCAAUGCCUCAUGAGAGGGCAAAGAGGGUUACGUUUCAAUCAGAGGGGAUAGAAGUUACACACAGAAGGCGGUUAUGGGAAUUCCUUGCCGAGGAUGAUGCAGAAGACGGGCUUGAUCUUUCGGGGUCUGAUAGAUUUGCCUUUUCUGUUGAUGAUGCAAUUAGCGUUGGCAAUGCAGGAUCUGCAGUCAGUAGAAGGUGGUUGUUGCUGUCAAAACUUAAACAAGGAUUGUCGAAACAUGGGGAGAAUAAUUUUUUUCCAUGGAAAUUUGGAUUGGAGAAAAAAGAGGAGAAGGUGGAGAGUAGUAGAGUGGAGGAGAGGGUUUUGAAGAGGAAGCGAAAGAUAGGACCUGUUGAUCAUGAUUUGGUUUUGAGGGCAUUGUCAAGGGCGCUAGAAAUGACUGAACUAGCAUAUUUGGAUAUGACUGAUAAGGUGCUGGAUACAAAUCCAGAGUUAGCAUUGAUGGGUUCAUGCUUAUUGGUGGUGUUGAUGAGAGAUGAGGACGUGUAUGUGAUGAACGUUGGUGAUAGCAGGGCAAUUGUUGCACAGUAUGAGCCAGAACAUGUUGGUUCUAGUGUGGAUGUUUCCGGGUUGACCGUGGAGGGGGUAACUGAGGGUCCUGCUCAAGCAAUGAGGUUGACUGCAUUGCAGCUGUCUACUGAUCACAGUACAAGCAUCGAAGAAGAAAUUUUAAGAAUUAAGACUGAACACCUAGAUGACAGCCAGUGUAUUGUAAAUGAUAGAGUGAAAGGUCGUCUUAAGGUUACCAGAGCGUUUGGAGCAGGAUUUCUCAAACAGCCCAAAUUUAAUGAUGCAGUGUUGGAGAUGUUUAGGAAUGACUAUAUUGGCACCGCACCAUAUAUUUCCUGCAGGCCUUCUCUCUGUCACCAUCAACUGUGUCCAAGAGAUCAAUUUGUCGUCCUCUCAUCUGAUGGAUUGUAUCAGUAUCUGACCAAUCAGGAAGUGGUUUCUCAUGUUGAGAGUUUCAUGGAGAAGUUUCCAGAUGGAGACCCAGCACAGCACCUAAUAGAAGAGCUUCUUUCUCGUGCAGCCAAGAAAGCUGGGAUGGAUUUCCAUAAAUUACUAGACAUACCACAAGGAGAUCGCCGGAAGUACCAUGACGACGUUACUGUUAUGGUGAUAUCUCUUGAGGGAAGAAUCUGGAAGUCAUCAGGAAAAUAUCCUUGAAAUUUGGUAAAUUGUUCUCUCAACUGGUUAUUACAUUCUACACAAGUGAGAACGGGUUUCAAUUCUCAAGUUGAAUCUGGUAGAAGCAGUUAAGGGAGUCGGAUGAUAUGAUCCAUUUUUUUGAUGGGUUAUACUUGUAGCACAUAUCUUUGGGCUAUAUACAGUUAACGGGUGGCACUCCAAUGCUUUUGGCAAAGGCUAAUGCUAGGUAACCAUGUAUAGUCGAGUGGAAGGAAAAAGAUUGCCUGGGAAAUCUAGAUGGGGGGGUUGUUGGCAAAUGCCUCUUGGGAAUUAGAGAUAUUUUUUUCCUGUUUGUUUCCUUUUCCAUGAAAACCCAUGUUUUUCUUAUAUAGUUUUGCAUAGCUGGAGACCUUUUCCAUCCAUAGGUACAUUAGUUUACCUUCUAGAUCCAGAAAAGAAUAUUGGGGAAAAGGGUUCUGUGUAAUAUGGUUUUGGGGGGCGGGGUAUACUGAACUCUAAUCAUUCCUUAGUCUAAGAUGAGCUCUGUAAUUUUGAAGGUGGAUUUCCACCAACGCGGUUCAAAAGAAUUCAUUUUUCUUUUCUCA